CAGGAUCCUUGCGCGGUGCCUGUGCGUAAAGAUAUUUAUACAGCCCUGCAACAGUAAACGACCUUAAAACUCCACUGCUUGAAAGAAACAUAAUCUCGUCGAAGUGAACAGGAGUUCGUUGAAGUCCACCGAGGAGCGCGGGAGGGUGCUUUACGCACGGACUGAGUAGCCUAUACACCCAGCGUGGGAGCUGAAAAGACUCCGUUCAGCACGCGAGGAGGGAAGCGAACCAUUCUAUUCGAGGAUGACUCUAGGGACGGAUAUGUCCGACAACUCUGCUUUGUCUGAUGAUGUGGACAUAGAUGUGGUUGGGGGAGACAUCUCUGUUGGCAAGGACGGUAAAUACCUUCAUCACGAUUUCCUGGACAAUGACUCAGACGACAAUUUGUCUCAAAACGCAGGGGAGAGGGGUACCUCUCCUGGCCUCAGCAGCUCUGAGUGUCCGACUGACCAGGUUGGAGUUGUUGGAGAUUCAGGGGCCAUGUUGGGAGAUAAGCCUGGUAAGAAUGCUCUAGUCAAGCCCCCGUACUCCUACAUAGCCCUGAUCACCAUGUCUAUUCUCCAGAGUCCCAAGAAACGCCUCACUCUCAGCGAGAUCUGCGAAUUCAUCAGCAACAGGUUCCCAUACUAUCGAGAAAAAUUCCCCGCUUGGCAAAACUCCAUUCGUCACAACCUUUCUCUUAAUGACUGCUUUGUCAAAAUCCCACGUGAACCUGGCAACCCCGGAAAAGGCAACUACUGGACCCUCGACCCGGAGUCUGCCGACAUGUUCGACAACGGGAGUUUUUUACGCAGAAGGAAGCGGUUCAAGAGGCACCAAGCCAACGAAAUUCUCAGGGACGCCGGGGGGUUCCUGCCCGGGUUUGGGUACGGCCCAUAUGGGUACAACUAUGGACUCCAGCUGCAAAACUUCCAUGCACAUAACCCCUAUCAUCCGCACCUCCCAGCAGGCGCUUUCCCUUUCCAGAAUACAACUUGUGGACUUCCCUCGUCAGCCUCAAUAUUCCCCGCUCCACAUCCCUUGCCCUCUUUAUUAGGGGCUGACUUACGAAAGCCAUUCUACCCUCAACUAAGCCCGACCUUGCCCGGCCUGGCAGCCCUCAAGACGGACACUAACACUACAGCACGACCCUCUUUCUCUAUAGACAAUAUAAUCGGUGCUAACUCUGUGGCCUCCCCGUACAGCGCACAAUCGGGCAGCCACAGCAACAGUCAGGCUCAGAUCCUGGCCAUGUUGAACCCUGCACUCGCCUCAGCUUCGAAUCACUUGAACCUCUCGCAGGAAAACAUGCUUCAGCCUGUAUCACAGACGUUCUCCAGCAAAACUACAAAUCUUAACAGUUGUCAUUUUUAACUGGCAGCAAAAACAAAUCUUGCAGAAAUCCUAAUAACCCAUUACGGUUCUGUCAUCUUAUGUGAAGGUAGGAUAAACAUUCUUUGAGAAUGGAGAGUGUGGCUCUUCCCAUUGUAUUUCUUAGAUUCGAUCGAAGAGAGGAAUGUGAAAAGUAUAUUUAUAGAUUGUAAAUAUGUAUAGGAUACAAUAAAUGGAAGCGGCAUGAUGAAGUCAGAACACUAAUUCUAAGCCAAUGUUAAGUAUAUUCUUUGGCUGGCAGUGGCCUUUGCCCUCACCUAUCUAGAGCAAAGAGCCAGCUAAUUUAACGCAGAAUGAAUAUCUCGAAUCUCACUCUGCGGAUAAAAUGUCAUUGUUUCUUAACUAUAAUUGAGAUUUUUAUUUUGAUUUAUAUUGUGCGUUGUGAGAUAAAGCACUGUUAAUAGGCUACCGAGACCGUAAACUCAGGUUUUAAAUAUUAGAAAGCACAUUGAGACAAGGGGAGUUAUUAAUUACAAAAUCUAAUCUUUCCCACUACCUUUGGUUCUCUUACAGUGGUGUUGUGGUGAAUUUGUAUAGUUAUUAUGUUCAGUGUGGUUUUGGUGUAAAGCGCAUUACCUCUCAUCAUGUUAAACUGUUGUGCUUUCGUUCUUAUCUAUUUCAUUGAAAUUAAUAUGUGAAAUGUAUGUUAUGUGUAUAGACAGAGACACGUAUUGUUCAUAGGUCAUUUUUGUUGUAAUU